AAAGCGCGUCGUCAACUGUAUAGCUUGCUAUUAUUUUAAAAAUUUAUGAUUAAUAUUACUUUAUUUAAUAUAUGGUAAUAUUAACUACUCAAUAACGGCUUAUAUUAUAACAUUUAUAAGUGAAACACUGGUUUUCUAAAUUUGUAGUUGUUCAUAAAGAACUUAUAUACUAAAUCGUAUACAUUCAUAUUUCAACUUUUAAGCUACAAAAUGACUAUGGACAUUCGCCCCAACCACACGAUAUACAUAAACAAUUUAAAUGAAAAAAUAAAGAAAGAAGAGUUAAAAAAGUCACUCUAUGCAAUAUUUUCACAAUUUGGUCAAAUUUUGGAUAUCGUCGCAAUGAAGACCCUCAAAAUGAGGGGACAGGCUUUUGUAAUAUUCAAGGAAAUAUCAAGCGCUACUGUUGCUUUGAGAAGUAUGCAAGGAUUUCCAUUUUAUGACAAGCCUAUGAGGAUCCAAUAUUCGAAAUCGGACAGUGAUGUCAUAGCUAAAGUCAAAGGCACAUUCCAAGAGAGGCCAAAACGUCCCAAACUACCUAAAAGCACAGAAGAUGGAAAGAAGAAGAAGAACAAGGAUGCGAAUAGACCAACUGUGCCUGGUUUUGGCCAGCCCAGUCUUCUCAACAAUGUCAAUGUUGAACAGCCACCUAACCAGAUUCUGUUCCUCACCAAUCUACCUGAUGAGACAUCUGAAAUGAUGUUAUCUAUGCUUUUCAACCAGUUCCCUGGCUUCAAAGAAGUCCGACUUGUGCCUAAUAGACAUGAUAUUGCAUUUGUUGAGUUUGCUAAUGAAAUGCAGUCUGCCGCAGCAAAAGAAGCACUCCAAGGUUUCAAGAUAACACCAACUCAUGCAAUGAAGAUUUCAUUUGCAAAGAAAUAAUUUAGCACUUUUAGUACAAAUAAAGAUCUAAGUAUUUUGAGAACUGUUUUGAGCAUUGCACUAAGCCUGAACAGCUCUCUGGCUGUGACUAGUCAUUAAUUUUU